AUGAGGGUACUCAUUGUGUUGCUUAUUGCGAUUUUUGCUCUCGUUCAAUCGUUCAACUAUGAUCAACUUGUUUAUGAAGCACUUCUUGAGUGAGUUUUUUAUUCCUCUUUUCUUAUUUUGAGAGGAGAGGGGGUUCAUUUCAAAGAAUUAUCAAAUAGGGAGGUCGCUGAUAAUUUUCUGGUCUUUUUUUUUUGACAAAACGUGAUUUUUUCAGUGACUUGGAGAGAGAAGCUGUGCACAGAGAUUUAGCGAAUCGUGUCCUGCAUAAAAGACAAAUGGAUUUAUCAGACCGUGUUCGUCGUGCAUCUGAGAAGAAGUCAUAUCCAAGAAAUUGCUAUUUUUCGCCAAUUCAAUGUCUUUUGACAAGAAACUAG